AUGUCGCAAGCAGAUCAGGAAGCGCUUCGCUAUUCACUUACUGGCGAGGAAGAUAGUCAGACAGACCAGAAAUUGGUGGCUCGAGAUAUCUCCAGCCCAAGAGAAAGCAAUAAAGACUUCGAGCUACCCAGAGCGCCAGCUACGCUGAAUAUGAGUGCUUUACAUGAGGAAAGUUCGGUGAAGUCAAGUGACGAUGGCCUUUAUAGAUCUAUGGACCCGAAGAGGGCUCAGAUGGAGGACAAGACUCAGUUAACCAAUUCAGCUACGCUUGACGAUCCGAUACAGUUUACGAGAGUUUCAUCAUCGUCAGCAAUCAGUGGUAUAUCUUCUUUUGAGUAUGAGGAGGACCAACGCCAUAGAGGUGCAUCGAGAGGCAAAAGUCAAGAAGAAAUAGCAGGUGAGAAACUAUGGGCGAAGGAAGAUGGUAGUUCGAACAAUCUUAAUACGGUGAGCGGGCCAGAUUCCUUUGUUGUUGGCGAUAACACUAACUCGACUAUUCGUGAGUCAACUGCUGAGCAACAGGUCAGCCACACCCCUAAUGACACAUUUACCGCUAGCGAAAGUUUCAUCGAUUCAUCAACCGAGAAUCUUGGUAGUUCGUCAAAGACAAUGCUACCUUCGAUGUACACAACUGAGCCAAAGAAACAGGUAACCACGCCUAUAAUGACGUCGGUCAAUUAUCAAGACGUUUCGGGGUCGGUAUCAGGAUCUUCUGUCCUCGAUAAAGUAAACAAUAGUCCACUUAAACCGUUCAUCACUAAGCGAGAGUCAACUAAUAGCCCGAAGAACGUUCCAACGGCGAUAUCGUCGCCUGCAUCCGCUUCGCUCAAGAAUGAUAAUGGAAAGAGGAAAAGUAGCGGCGGUAGUCGAAUGAAAGGUGUCUUUUCAUCGUUUGUUCAGAAUAUCAAAAGGAACUCCCAAAGUGAAAGAACGAAGUCUGGUAAUCCAGUUAAAAUCUCAACGCCAUAUAACGCAAAGCAUCUUCAUCAUGUUGGAAUUGAUGCCAAAACAGGAGAGUAUGUUGGCCUCCCCGAAGAAUGGGAGAAGAUGCUGAUGUCAAGUGGAAUCUCAAAAAAGGAACAGCAGCAAAAUAUGCAGGCGGUGGUGGAUAUCGUGAAGUUUUAUCAGGACGUCGCAGAAGCCAGCGGUGAAGAUAAAGUAUUCAAAACAUUUAAUCCGGGCACUUUGGGCAGUAACAACUUUGAAACUCCUUCACUUAGAACUCCUUCUACUUCAUCGGUUAAUAGGUUGGAGUCCAAGAGUGGGUCGUCGACGCCGGAUCUCGGCAGACAUACUCCCAAAUUUCAACAAUCAUUUUCUAGUUCAACACCACAGGUUAAUAACAUUCGUGGCUCACCUGCUGGAAAUGCGAACCAGGAUAUGUCAAGCGUAGCCUCCAAUGGCAAGUUCAUACCGAGUCGCCCCGCUCCCAAGCCUCCAGGGCAAGCCAGCAAGCAAGGUGUCCUGCCUAAUAGCUCAAGCCAAACUUCGUUGCCAUCGCGGAAGGCCACGGUCAAAAAGGAUGAACAGCCUUUGCCGCCACUUCCCUCAUCAGAGAGUGCCCGAGAGUUGAAGACUGAAAAGAGAGAUGAAAGUGCCUUGUCUCCAAUGCCCAAGACGAACAAUAUUACGACCGGUAAAUCGCGAGAGAAUUCGAAGAAAAACCAUGCAGCAUUAGCGGAGAAGAAAGCAGAAGAAAGAGAAAGGCGAACCAAGCAGCUAUACGCCAAACUUUCACAAAUAUGUACUGAAGGUGAUCCAAGCAAAAUUUACUUGAAUCUAACCAAAAUAGGACAAGGUGCGUCAGGAGGAGUUUACACUGCUUAUGAAGUUGGCACCAAUGCUUCGGUGGCUAUCAAACAGAUGAAUUUGGAAAAACAACCAAAAAAGGAACUGAUUAUUAACGAAAUUCUUGUGAUGAAAGGCAGCAAACACGAAAACAUUGUCAACUUCAUCGAUUCAUACCUUUUGAAAGGGGAUCUUUGGGUCGUAAUGGAAUAUAUGGAGGGAGGUUCUCUGACAGACGUUGUGACUCACUGCAUCCUUACCGAGGGUCAGAUUGGUGCAGUUUGCAGAGAAACGUUAGCUGGGCUACAAUUUUUACACUCUAAAGGAGUAAUUCACAGAGAUAUCAAGUCAGAUAACAUUCUGCUUUCUAUGAACGGAGAGAUUAAGCUGACCGACUUCGGUUUUUGUGCCCAGAUUAACGAAGUCAAUCUGAAAAGAACUACAAUGGUUGGGACACCGUAUUGGAUGGCGCCAGAAGUUGUCUCAAGAAAAGAAUAUGGCCCUAAGGUUGAUAUAUGGUCGUUGGGCAUCAUGAUAAUAGAGAUGAUUGAGGGCGAGCCACCAUACUUGAACGAAACGCCCCUGAGAGCGCUUUACUUGAUUGCAACCAAUGGUACGCCUCAGCUGAAAGAGCCAGAUAACUUGAGUCCGGAGUUGAGAAGCUUUUUAGCUUGGUGCUUGAAAGUUGACCCAGAGGCGCGAGCCAGUGCAACUGAGCUACUACAAGACGUCUUCAUAUCUACAUGCGCUGAUGAGAAUGAGUCAUUAGCGCCUUUAGUGAAACUUGCUCGCAUGAAAAAGAUAGCCGAGAAGAUGGAUAGCGGUGAUGAACAUAGUGGCGGGGAAGAAUUGAGGGAAGAAUUAUAG